CGUUAAAAGAUUAUGGAUGCACGCAGUUCUAGUAGAAAGCAUUAGUCAAACACGAAUCUGUGUUCGCUCAGUAGUUGGACUUGCUGGAAUUGUCCAGUAAACGGUGUUGAUAGAUGAAACAGAAAUUCUGUGAUUAUUCCCUGAGUUUUCAGUAGUCAACAGUUUAUUUAAAGUAUAAAAGAAACGUCACUGAAUUCUCUUCUCAUUUGUUUAUCAACAUCUUAACUUAUACAAUUUUUCAAUUGGUAAAUGUCUAAAACUUCAAAAUGGCACUACGGUGUUACGCUACUGUCAUGGAAAGCGUCGGUGUCUGUUUUGUACUUGUCAAUGUUUAUCAAUGAUUUAGCAUAAAUAUAUUUUUUUAUCACCUCGAUUUUUUCAACGUUCAAAUAUGAACGUAAUAAAUGCGAACUGGUUACAUUCCGUAGAGGGAGAAUCGUUGAUGCAUCAUUUUUAUGUGAAUACAUCGAAAAAGAGAAUAUUCUAUGGUAAAGAGUAAUGGCAUCCUGGAAAGACCACCUCUACCGUCGUCGAUAGAAGAGGUUACGUAUAAAAUUUUUAUGGUUGGCAGAUCCGGGGUGGGGAAAACUUCCGUCGUAGCCUGUCUUGCUGGUACACUGGACUCUAAUAAUUACAUUGAAACUAAUGGAAUAAAGAAAACAAACGUAUUUUGGCCAGUUAAAAUAUGGGAUAAAGUUGUAUUAUUUAAAUUACAAUUUUGGGACACUUCAGAGACAAGUAUUAAAAAGUACAAUCAUAUAUUACCUGCAUGUAAAGACAAAGUUGAUGCUAUAUGUUCAGUAUUUUCUUUUGAUGAUGCAACAGGUUUCAAUGAUAUACCGUACUUGAUGAAUACAAUGGCAGCUAUUAAAGAGAAACCAGCAAAUAUAGUGAUAGGAACAAAAUUUAAACCAUGGUCCGGUUCUGCUGUAGAAGAUGCACAGAUAAAAGAAUUUGAAGAUAAAUGGAAAGUUAAAGUUAUCAGAGUCGACACGAACAAACUUUCUGCGAGAUCGGAAAUAUUUGAUUGUUCUUAUCAGUUAAAUGCUAUAUGCAAUAUUCUUUGGAAUAGAGAUAAGGAGUUUAUAUCGAAGCAAAUGGGACAGGGUUAAAUUACGGAUACAGUAUACAAUUGUGAUGAUAGCUAUGAAUGAUUUUUGCAUGAAUUUUAAUACAAAAAUAUGUUUAAUAAU